GAUUACUGGUUCACUAGUUCGAAGAAAUAAAAUUUGAUCGUAAGCGUAGAAGUUUUAUUUUGAUCUGUACACGAACAAAUCCGUCCUCGUCAAUUUUUAACUCUACGAUUCUCAUGAAUACAUAACGACUGGACACAUAGCAGAAGUCCGUAGGUCGUUGCAAUGGCACAUCUUCUUGCAUUACUCAUAGCUACAACUGCUUUCAUCUCUCUGGAGGCCGCACCAGCCAAAGUCAAUGUUGUUGCUACAGUGGUAACCGACUUCAAAUAUAAUGAUAGGACCGCAAAUGAAGCCACAAAGAACAUGAUCUUCAAAAAACUCUCCGAAGCUGCAAAUAGGAAUGGCCCUUCUAUGCUUAAAGUAGUCAAACUGGAAUUGAAAAACGUAGACGGAAACCUUGCAGCUAUUUACACCGUGACUGCCCCCAAUUGCGAAGAGGUCAGUAGAGACGCAGGUGAAUUUAUGAAAUAUUUCAAACCAGUGACAUAUAUCAAGUACAAAUGCGGAGGCGAGCAUGAGUUGCUGCGCCAUGGAAGCUCUUAGAAACAAUCUUAUUGAUUUGAGAUCA